CCUAGCCGCGGAGGGUAAACUCGCGCAUGUGCACUGGCUUUCGGCCAGCAAAAAGCAAUGGCGUGUUCAUUUAUGCUCCAUGCUUUGUGGGUUACGUGACGUGCCGUGUUUUUGGCUCUCGUACCGUACUAUUCUAUAAACUUGGGAAGUGAGGCCCACGGGUUGGAAGCAGUUACUGUAGGAUAUGAAAAGACUGAAGCAAAUAAUCAGAUUUCAGCGCUGACAGCCGAGCACAAAGCCGCCAGCACCCAGUACGUGUGCGCAGCUCCGCCCCCUCUUUAGGCGAAGCAACUAGACCUGACCCUUCCUGCGACCUGUCGCGAGGCGGAGCAAGCGCGGAAGGCUUGAAGGGCUGUGAGGCGCUAUGGAACCGGACGGGACCUACGAGCCAGGCUUCGUGGGUAUUCGAUUCUGCCAGGAAUGUAACAACAUGCUUUACCCCAAGGAGGACAAGGAGAACCGCAUUCUGCUCUAUGCGUGCCGGAAUUGUGAUUACCAGCAGGAAGCCGACAACAGCUGCAUCUACGUCAACAAAAUCACUCACGAAGUGGACGAACUAACCCAGAUAAUCGCAGACGUGUCCCAGGACCCCACGUUGCCGCGAACUGAGGACCACCCGUGCCAAAAGUGCGGCCACAAGGAGGCGGUGUUCUUCCAGUCGCACAGUGCCCGGGCAGAGGAUGCCAUGCGCUUGUACUACGUGUGCACAGCACCACACUGUGGCCACCGCUGGACCGAGUGAACCAUCCUCCCCCACAUGUAAUAAAUGUUCUGUGCGUGUUUGA